UGGCUGGAGCUAUUUGUGUGCAGUGACAGCGAUCUUUAACAGAGAAUCUCUUUGUUAUUGCUGCAGACUUACAACUGUGUGCUUCAUACAAAGUAAUGGUGCAGGAAUUCCAGGUUCUCAGAUGUUUCUCUUGCCAAACGUUCCAGGUGCACCAGGUGAAAAAGUCCAAAAAAUGGAAUUGCAAGAUGUGUGGAGAAAAGCAGUCACUGCUAAAGAUUUAUGGGCAAGGAUCAGGAGCUGACUGCCGCCAUCAUGUCCAGAAGCUGAACCUAUUUCAUGGAGAGGUACUCCAGGCAGCGGAUAUGGCUUUUGGGCUAGAUUGUAAAGAAGAAAUCACAGAUAACGUGCCCAUUGAAGACGAACACGAAGGAACAGUGGAAGCUCAGGAAAGUGACAGAUACAUGAGUCGUUGGAAUAAAUACCUUGUGGAAAACCGAGAAAAUGAAUAUGUGAGACAUGCUUACAGUGAUGGGGAGAAGAAAUCCCCAUUAAAGAUCAGAAGACAAAAGGAUAUGUCACUAGAUGACCAUGGAUUUCAUGAUCAAGACUCUCAUUGUGUGAGAAGAAAGUGCAGCAGUGAUUUAAGUAGUCAAGUAAAAAGACUCAAGACGUGUGAGGACCGGACAACUUUCAUAUCUACAGAAAAUCUACAGCCACAGACUGAAACAAUAGUAGCAACAAUAUCCUCACUGCUGCCGGUUUCUCCCCAGUCAGGGUGUGUUGGAUCUAAAUGGGAGAAAUUCCUAUCUUCCUCUGUUGAUGCGGAAGAGAAUGGAGAGUACAGCUCUAUGUCACAAACACUUGAGGAAAAUCAGGCUAGUUUGGCUUUGUCUUGGAAGAAAAAUGAAUGCAAUAACAAGGUGGAAGAAAAGUUUGGAGAAUCUUUCACUUCCAACAAGACUAUGAUAGUUCCACCAGUCAGCAAGAAACACUCUGCAUUUGGCUUAUGCAUUCAGGAUGAAAUGCCAAGCUGCUGGAAAAUGGCUGUAUGCUCGGCAAAGCCUGUGGAUGCUCCAGUAACUGAUCGCGCCAAAGAUCCUGCCUUCAACUCCAAUGUCCACACAUCUGUGGCCCACACAAUUGCUCAUACAAACCUCUUUCAUACCGAUGAAGACUUUGAUGAUGUAUAUUAAGUGUACUAGAUUGUAAUUUAAUGUUGCCAUUGGAGAUGAAAAGAAUGAACCUACAUAAAUAACUUUUUGCACAGUAACAGCCCAUUGAGCCUCAGGGAGGGAGAUGGAAAAAUAAAUAAAAGCACAACCUAACAAACUGAACAA